AUGAGCACCAAAGGCUCAGUUCUCAUCACUGGCUGCAGCGACGGCGGCGUCGGCUCUGGCCUCGCGCUCGUUUUCCAGGAAAGAGGAUAUCACGUUUUUGCGACAGCACGAAACCCAGAGAAAAUGACAAAUCUCAAGAACCUCCCUAAUGUCACCUUGCUGGAGCUAGAUGUCGUCGUGCCGAGCCAGAUCCGUGCCGCUGUCGAGGCGGUCACGGCGAUUACCGGUGGAGACCUGACGGUCCUGAUCAACAAUGCAGCGCAGUUUCACUAUAUGCCGUUACUAGAUGAUGACAUCGAGGCUGCAAAGCAGACCUUUGACGCGAAUGUCUGGGGCCCGCUCGCGGUGACGCAAGCAUUUGCGCCGCUUUUGAUCAAGGCUCGUGGCAUGGUGGUUAACAUAACCUCUAUUGCUGGACACAACCCUGUGCCGUGGUUAGGUGUAUAUGGCGCAUCGAAACGUUCACAAGAACAUAUGGCUGACAUUCUCCGUCUUGAGCUAUCCCCAUUUGAUGUCAAGGUCUUGUCUGUCGUAACUGGCGCUGUUGCGACAGGUACCCAAAGUACCAAAGACUUUCGAUUACCAUCCGGCUCGCGGUAUAAGGCCAUCGAGCAGAGGAUCGUUGAACGUGGACCUACUGAUAGCCGAUCCCGGAUGCCGUUAAUGACCUACACGAAUCAGGUCGUAUAUCAGAUUGAGGCGGGGGCAACGGGUAAAGUGUGGCUUGGGGACCACGCAGAAGAUGCUAAACAGGCGUCUCUCCAUCCAGAGACUGCUGCACAAUGGGUAUGA